AUGGUUCGUUUGGCUAGUGUGAUCGCUCCGUACUGUACCAGGCCUCUUCCAACGUUGUCACGGAUACCAGGACUGGUGCUUUCUGGUUUGGCCUUCACCAACUGUUUAAGGGUAGUCGAGUUCCUGCACGGUUACGGAAAGUUCCUGGGAUUUCAGGUGCCUAAGGAUAUUCCCAGUCUGAGCACCCUGCAAGAGGGUCUCCUCGGCCUGGAGAAAAGCCAGGGCAUUCUUCUGGAUCUGCUUAUUAAACUGAUGGAAGCAGCACUGCAUGAUCCGGGACUGCCCUCCUAUUACCAGUCUGUAAAGAUCCUCGGAGAGAAACUGGUGGAUUUGGAGUUAAGUCACAGCACCGUGUCCGAGGUUCUUCGGAUCUUUCUUGAGGCCCACGGCUUUGAGUUGGAGGUGUGUAACAGUCUGCGGACAAAGAGCUUCCAGACCCUCAAAGCUGACGUUAAAGCCUCUAUACUGGUCUUCCUGGUGGAGGAACUCAAUGCCAGCGACGGCAUCACCAGAGAAAUUGACAACACGUUGGAGAAUAUGGCAACCUACAGAAAAAACAAGUGGAUUAUCGAAGGCAAACUACGCAAACUUAAAUCAGCACUUGUACGCAAGACGGGCCGUGCAGAGGAGGAGCUAUGUUUCGAAGAGCGCCGCCGCAGUGCCCGUGUGGGCAUGGCCGAGGAGGAGAGCAUCGAGGAGAACUGUGUGUUGGAGAGAGGCAGACGACGCAAACCUAAGGAGGAACCCAAAAACACUGAGAUCGAGAGCCCAAAUAAUUGCAGCGUUGCAGAACUUGAGCGUCAGAUUGAUAAACUGACCAAGCGGCAAGUGUUUUUCCGUAAGAAGCUGCUCCAGUCAUCGCAUACCAUGCGGGCGGUUGCUCUCGGGCAGGAUCGGUACCGUCGCAGGUAUUUGCUGCUGCCAUAUAUGGGAUGCGUUGUCGUGGAAGGAGCCGAGGAUAUCUUGGCAUCGGGUGACGUUCUGGUCAGCGAUGAACCUGUCAGUCCGGUGAAGAAAGAAAGUCCAGUGAAAACUGAGGUUAAGGUUGAGCCUCCUCUCUCUCCAGUUUUCGGCACACCUCAGACAUCACUUCCCUGUUCUCCUCCAUCAUCCCAGUUUUCCCCAUCAGAAGUGGAUCCUCUUCCGGGUGAAGCCUCCCUGAUGAGCAGCCCACGAGCACGGGGCCGCCCACGUAAGAUCAAACUGGAAGUGGAGCUCCACCUCCGAGAGGCCAAGAACCGCCGACGUCGCCGUAGCAGCAGAUCGGGAGGUGAAGAUUCUGGGCUUAACUCCCCCAUUCAGGAUCUCACACAACCUGCCUUCCAGGAGGCAGAGGGUGAUGGUGUACCAGUUGUGGCAUCUGGAGCUGGCGAGGGUGAGGACAACAGCCAACCGGAGGACAGUAUGAGAGAGCAGGCAGAGAAAAAAGGCCAGUGGUUCAAUCUGUUGCCUAAAGAGCCGUGUGAUGAGACUUCGAUCUCCCAGCCAUGUGUGAACACCACGACAACUCCAUCAUCCCCCACUAAAGACACUUUAGCCCCCCUCAAUUGUGAACCUUCUGCUGAACUUCCACCACAACUUCUGUCAACACAGCCGCAGACGGCAAUUCCACCUCCUCAGGUGAGCUCAACUCCCGCUCCCAGGGCCGGCAGGAGACGCAGGAGGGGUAGCGGGCCAUCACGGCUGCACUCUCGAUCCAGCGUCGCAAAGAGACGAGGGAGGCCACCGUCCAAUCCUUUUCAAGAUAUGGAGAAGAAAUACUUUACUCAGUUGGUGGCAAGGCCAAUUCCUUUAGAGAUGGUGAAAGGCUGGUGGUGGAUCAGAGAACCAGAGGAGCUGACGGCCAUCCUAAGCGCCCUUCAUCCACGAGGCGUCCGUGAGAAGGUUCUUCACAAACACCUCACCAAGCACAUGGAGUAUCUGGCUGAGGUCUGCACGCGGCCCGUGACCGAUCCCAUUUUCCAGAUGACAGUGGAGGAGGGCGACGCUCUGUUGGAGGCAUCUAAACAGGCAUGGAGUGAACAGGAUAGAGCCCUACAGAUAGAUAUGAGUGCUCUGCGGUGGGUGGAAGAUUUGGAGCAGAGGGUUGUAGGUGCGGACCUUCAGCUCAAGCAGUGCGGUGUGUUGGAUUUUGUUGUGCACAAGGAGCACAAGUCUUACAAUCAAAUGGCCAUUCCCAACAUGGAGAGUGAAAAAGAGGCUGCACAGGGAUCCUCAAGCCCUCAAUUUCAGAUCUACACCCCUCCCGAAGCCGACUCCACUCGGGAGGACCUGCAGUAUUACGAGCACGAGGUGGACCCCAGGGAUGACUGGAUGGUCAGGACUAAAAAGGAAUGGUCCGAUCUCCUGCGAGUUCCCAACAACCCCCUGGACCUGGCUGUUGUUCGACUGACUAACCUGGAGCGAAACAUCGAACGACGUUAUUUAAAGGAGCCGCUGUGGAAUCUGUCAGAGGUGGUCCGCCUUGCCCCCCUGACCCCUCCACCUGGUGGAGAGGAAAUCCCUUUAGAUGCCGUUAGUAUGGAGAGUGAGAUCACUCCAAGGUUGAGGACGUGGCGACAGGCCCUGGAUCGCUGCCGAAGUGGAUCUCAGCUCUCUCUAUGUCUGCUACAGCUAGAGAAAGCCAUAGCCUGGGAGAGAUCCAUCAUCAAAGUGACAUGUCAGGUGUGUCGUAAGGGUGAUGACGAUGAGUAUCUGCUCUUGUGUGAUGGCUGUGAUCGUGGGUGUCACAUGUUCUGCCUGAGGCCAAAGGUCAUGCAGGUUCCAGAAGGUGAUUGGUUCUGUCCCACCUGUGUUGCCAAGGAAACCGGCGAGGAAUUGCGAUCACGUUCAGGGCGUCAGAGGUCAAAGCUGCGGAAACGGCGUCUUGCGGAGGACAGUUCAGACGAGGAUGACAGGUACAAACGGGGCAUGACCACCCGACAAAAGGAUAGCCCUGCUCCAUCAAGCAGUACGACCAUCUCCCCUUCCAAACGCAGACGGAUGACCACAAGAAACCAGCCUGACCUCACUUACUGCGAGAUCAUUCUGAUGGAAAUGGAAGCUCAUUCGGAUGCCUGGCCUUUUCUAGAACCGGUCAACCCCCGUCUGGUGCCUGGCUACCGUCGCAUCAUUAAAAACCCCAUGGACUUCCUCACCAUGAGGGAAAGACUUCUGCAGGGAGGGUAUUGCAGCUGUGAGGAGUUUGCUGCUGACGCUCAGCUAGUAUUCAACAACUGCGAGCUUUUUAACGAGGAUACGUCAGAUGUCGGCAAGGCCGGGCACUCCAUGCGACGCUUUUUUGAGAGCCGCUGGGCAGAGUUUUAUGAAAACAAGGACAACUAAAAAUUCGGACAUCUUGCUGCAUGGGAGGAAGCAUUCUAAUGCCACGCCCCUUUGAUGCUCAUUACUACUAACUAUUUCUGGAAAGAUCUCCGGUCCUCUGUAUGCAUACAUGUGUAGAUAUAUGUAUAGAGUUGUUUUGUUUGUUUUACAAGUAUUUGUCUUUGUCCUUCCCCACCACCCUGACCUUAUUAUGGUGAAAAAAUUUCAAGUACAAACUUCUUUAUCAAAAAAUUCAUCAGUCACUCCUAGAAGUGUGUAUUGAGAACAGAGUUCACACUUGAUGUCACGUCCAAUCACAAUGAUUGGCACACCUAUCAGGAUGUUUCUCAACAACAAUUUUUUUUCUUCUUUACUCAAAGCCGUUCUACUCCAUGUUGUAUAGAUCGUGGACCAUGUGCGUCCCCUUGAUGGAAAACGUAAUGUAUCGUGCUUUUAAGACUAGAAGCAAUUUCUUCAGUAUAUUUUUAUUAUAUGCUAUAUAUACACACUUAAAGACAGAAAAAAUAGUUGGGAUUAUUUAAUAGCAAUAGCCUGUAGUGAAUCUGUACAGACCACAUCGUAGAAAGAUGUAUAGGUGACUCAUGACAUGGCCAGUAAAACAUACUAUAUCAUGUGUAACUCCAUCACUUUUUUGCUUGUUGAAUAUUGGUCUUAUCAACUGGAUGGUUGCCAUCAUUUACUAGAUUAUUUUGAGCUUUUUGUCCUGUCACUCCUUCCACACCCGAAACUAAAUCAGUGUUUCGUCACAAUGACUCUGAUUUAAUGGUAACAGCAGAAUCUUUUAAUCGCUAUACAAGACGACUGUAGGCCUCCAAUUUUUAACCUCUUUGUUUUUAAGCUCCACUAGCUGGAAAUCAUUUUUAUUGUGUUUGACUAUUGUCUGUGGAGGAAAAGAGAUCUAGUGAAAUCCAGAUUGUAUUGAUAUUGGUUUAUAUGGGAAGAAUUUGUAUGUAUGUUUGGCAGUGUAGAUGUUAAGCUAAACUUCAGUAUGACUGGAUAUAAUUUGCUCUUUGCGCUUUCACAACAAUGAAGAUUCUUAGACGUGGCUUGCCGAAACCAUUUAUUGUUUUCUGUCUUAUGUGUUGGUAAUGGUGUGUGUUCUGUGUGAUAUCUAUAAAACCUGGACCAACUCUUUUAAGAAGGACAUUCAUUUUUGUCUUGGGAUAUUAACUGUUAUAUAAAAAAAAGCCUGUUGUUGUUAUUACUUUGAAGCGAAGUUUGCCAAUAAGAGCGUUUUAAAAAAAUUGAAACCAAACAUGAUUAUAAGAGAAAUGCUUAAGGAAUGAGAAAGAUUUGUGUUUUAGCUGUAGCAGCUUUAAACAUAUUUAUUUUCCCUUACAACUUCAUGAACACCUUAAAUAUUAGUCUUCAAUGGCAGGUUACUAUAGCACUGACUGUAUACAGUAGAUAUGAGAGGAUCACAGUAGAACACACUAUUCAGGUUUAUUCAACAUGUUUUCAUACACUGAAUUCAACAUCAUUCAUUUUGUGUUCCUCAGGGGACACAAGGGACAAACUUUAUUUUUUUGUUUCAAAGAUAACAAACCUGAAAGCAGUUCUAGAUAACUUCAACCAAAUGUGGUGUUUAGUGAAUUUUUAAUAAUGUACAGUUUUUGUGACUUUAAAUUUGUUUCUUUCUAUAUUUUUAGGACCAAUAUAUCGUUUUUAAGAGGCGGCAUUAAAUGACCAUGUUGUUUCAAAGUAAUGUAACACACGUGCAUCUGUUAGAAUGUACUGUAAGCGAAAAUAAAACCACAUCUAGUAGAUUA